AUGGUUGCAAUAAAUUUAUAUAGGAUAUUUGAACUAUCCACAGCGACAACAGCAUGUGCUUUAUUCAUAUUAAAUAGUCUUUUAUUUGUUAACUCACAAUAUGCAAAUGAAGGUCAAAGCUCAUUAAAUGAUGUACAACCACUUAGAGCAUGCAAUGGAACAGAUAUUGAUAUAAGAGGUUAUGAUGGUUCUUGCAAUAAUAUAAAAAGAUCUAAUUGGGGUGUACCGAAUCGUGUGUUUGACCGUGUUUGGUUUGAUCCCAAGUAUGAAGAUAAUUUCACCGGAGCUCCAUUUUUGAAAGUUGAUUCUCGUAUGAUUUCAAAUUUAUUAUCCGAUGAUGGUCUGCCAGUUGAUUAUGCCGGUAACCCGUUACAGGAUGGUUUAUUAUCUGAUUUCUUUGGACAAUUUAUUAACCAUGACCUUGAAGAUUCAGCUUUACAAAAUGGUAUACCAGGAUAUGCAAUAGCAGACGUAACUCAAGAUCCAAUAUUCAAAAAUACAGCAAAUAAUCCAUUUAAUCCUAGUCAAACUCCAUUUAUGAUGAUAACCCUGUCAUUGGGUCGUAUACUUAACAACACAUUUUUCCCAGCAAAUACUGCUAACGCAUACCUUGACCUAUCUAACAUAUACGGUAAUGACUCUACCAUGAACACAGCACUUCGUGAUCCAAAUGGUCGUGGUUUAAUGCUUCUCGAGGAUUAUACAACAGACGGUGGUGCAUAUAAUACAAAAUUAGUAAAUGUGACGGUUAAGCAAAUGCCUCCAAGUCCUCUUUCCACCGACAUUUUUCCAAAUCUCACUCCUCCUCCAAUAAACGCAUCUGACGCCAUGGUUAGCGGUGACACCCGUUGUUCUGAAAAUAUUCAAUUAUGUAUAAUGCACGCAAUUUGGAUAAGGGAACAUAAUUUUUGGGCAAAAAAAUUAUUAGCUGAAAAUCCUACUUGGGACGACACAAAAUUAUUUGAAAAUGCUAGACGUGCAACAAUUGCCGAGUAUCAAAACGUAAUAUUUUCAGAAUACCUUCCUGCCUUAUUAGGUUUUAAAAUGCCACCUUAUUCUGGUUAUGAUGAAAAUGUUUAUGCCGAUACCUCUGCAGUAUUUGCCGGCGCUGCUUUCCGUUACGGUCAUUCAAACAUCCGACCUUAUAAUAUUGUUGAUGGAUGUACUGGUAAACCAAUUGUCAUCCAUCCCGACUACAGCUAUCCAAAUACUCAUCCAAAUCGUUUCAUGUUUGUUGGCAAAACUUUUCCUGUCAGUCCUGUACCUGGUUCCGCAUUAACUCGUAAAGUGUUGGAUUACACACCUGCUAGAAUUUUGGCACUUGCGUCUGGGACGCAUGGUGACGGUGUAGAUAAUGUUAUUGUUAGCAUGUUAAGAGAGCCAACUGCACAAUUUGAUUUAAAGAUCACUAGUGCUCUAAGAAACAUCCCUGGUGUCACCGAUUUAUUUGCAAUUGAUAUUUCUAGAGGUCGUUUUAUGGGUCUUGCAGAUUACAACACAUAUCGUACAGUAUAUCAUCCAGCAGGAAGUGUCUACUCCAAUGCAGCAUGCGAUAUAAAUGCAGCAACUGAUUCUGUAGCAUGUUUUCAAUUAAUUACUAAAGAUGUGAAAGUUGCCACAAAUCUUCAACAAUUAUAUAAAAAAGUCAACGCGAUGGACGCUAUUGUUGGAUUCUUUGCUGAGGACAGAGCAGCCGUAACAACUCCACUACCGCCUACAAUCACUAAUAUAAUAAAGGAUGAAUUUGAUAGAAAACGUAUCGGUGAUCGUUUCUGGUACGAGGGUACUACGUUCACCGAUGCAGAAAAAGCUCAAAUCAAAGCUACAACCAUGAAGCAAAUUAUUGAAAGAACCACUGGUGUUAAAAAUGUUCAAAUUAAUCCCUUCAAAGCACCUAUUGGAAAUAAUUUACCAACUGCAUGUACAGCAUAA